AUGAUAUCACCAGGUAGCAGCCCCGCUGUGUUCGUCGCAACGUUCCUGUGGUGGUGCCCCCUACCGGGCCCCCACCGUUGCCUCCCAGGAAAAGUUCCCCUACCCACGAUCCACCGCCAGCACUUCCAACCACAUCAGCAGACAGCUACCUACGGAACGGCAUCACAGAGGCGCAGUCAGUCUCUAAUCUCAGCCAACAAGGGGCUACCACCAUUGAGGUACCUCAGGUACCAAAAAGCAGUUCCAUGUUGAACGUGAGCAACAACCCAGACUUCUGCGAAGAUUUCACGGUAGAAAACGAAGUGAUCGAGCUGAGCUCUCCCGAGACUAUCUAUGGCGUGGUGAUCCAGAAUUGCGACUAUUACGACAGGAAUACUAUAGAAACGAAGCUCCCUAAUAGACACCUCAGCUGCCCUUCAAAAAGGUCAGCGCAAAAUACUCCGAAACCCGUCAAGUCCAGCACGACUCCGAAUAUCAGUCAGUCUAAUACUAUGACGUCAUACGAAAAUAUCGAAGUGGAAACUUC